AUGGCUUCCCAUCAAUUACUUCGAGCUUCAACUUCAAUAUUUAGAAAUACCGCUACUGCCGCAUUUAAACUUUUAAAAAACCCAGCUUUAUCAAGGCGAGCGUCAACAACCACCUCUCCAAUACAAACAGACGCACUUAAUGCCUUAAACCCAGCCCAAAACAAUAGUAUAACAAAAAUAACGACGCUUUCCAAUGGAAUACGCGUAACUUCCGAAAAUACCCCAGGACAUUUUUCAGCUAUUGGGGUAUACCUAGACGCAGGCUCAAGAUAUGAGACACCACGAACAAUGGGUGUUAGUCAUCUAGUAGAUCGAUUAGCAUUCAAGGGCACAAAAAAUCGGACAAUAGAGCAAAUGCAAACUGAACUCGAAUCAUUAGGCGGAAAUAUUAUGAGUGCAAGUAGUCGUGAGACUAUAAUGUAUCAAUCCGCGAUAUUCUAUCAAGAUCUUCCGCGCCUCUUGGAUAUACUGGCAGACGUGAUUCGAAAUCCACUAAUAACGCAAGAAGAAGUGAUUGAACAACAACAAACCGCGAUAUACGAAUUAUCGGAAAUAUGGCAAAAGCCAGACAUGAUAUUACCAGAACUUUUGCACACAGUUGCCUAUAAAGACAACACAUUAGGGAAUCCGAUGCUGUGUCCGGAGUCUAAACUUGCAGAAAUGACCCCAGAGUUAAUCAAAGAAUACAUUGCAACCUGGUAUCGUCCUGAGCGAAUUGUUGUAGCGGCUGCUGGUGCACCUCAUGGGGAAAUUGUUGCUUUAACCGAGAAAUUUUUCGGGGAUAUGCCAAAAUCUCCAGACUUCAAUGCACAUACUUUCAAGUCCUCGGUAUUGGGAGUGUUGAACCCGACGAAACAUACAUCAAAGCCAUCAUUAUAUAAAACGAUUACUACAGCUGCUACUUCAUUUCUCAGUCAGGGCUCCACAUUACAGCCUGUCCCAAUAAGUCAUGGGGGUCAAAAGUCUCAUUAUACAGGCGGCACGCUUUAUCUCGAGCAACCCACACUGCCGCAUACUCAUGUUUAUGUCGCAUUAGAAGGUUUACCAAUUCAUGAUCCGGACAUUUAUGCUCUUGCCACAUUACAAAUUCUUUUAGGUGGUGGGGGGUCCUUUUCGGCAGGUGGACCUGGAAAGGACUCUGGACUAUUUGGUAUAUUCGCAUCAUGUCGUCCUGAAUACAAUCAUGCUGUUGCUGAUGUGAUUGCACAACAAUUUGAUCAUGUGGCGAGUCCAGGGCGUUAUGGAGUUACCGAAGAAGAGCUUAAUCGGGCCAAGAAUCAACUUAUGAGUAGUCUACUCAUGAAUCUAGAAUCACGGAUGGUACAGCUUGAAGACCUUGGUAGACAGGUCCAAGUGCAUGGAUUCAAAGUACCCGUAGAGGUAAUGUGUCAAAAAAUUAGAGAAGUUACAUUGGAAGAUUUAUUAAGGGUGGCACAACGUGUAGUUAGAGGACAGGUAGUUAAUGAGGGUAAAGGUACAGGUCUUCCGACUAUUGUGGCGCAGGGCCAACUGAAAAAUUUACAGGAUGUGAAAAAGGUUUGCGAAAGAUAUGAUAUUGGAAAAUCUACCAAAUUGAAAUGGUUAAGAUAA